AUGUCUGCAAUUAAAGAAGAACAAUCAAGUGAUCCAGUGAAAAUUUAUGAUAGUAUUUCAGAACACACAGUUCAUAAUAAAGAAAGGAUUGACAUGAAAGAUGCGGGAUCUGUCAAAUUAUUAACCAUGGCUGGAUUGUUUGAUUCUUAUAAAUGCUCCAAGACCAAUGGGAUAGUUUAUGCAUACAUGGUGAUAACCGUUGCAGCUCACGAAGAUUACCAGUUUAUACAUGACCGAAUGCCGGCUAUAUUAGAUGGAGAUGAAAUAAUUCAAUGGUUGGAUUAUGAAAAGUACCCAGCUGAACAGAUUGCAAGUUUGCUGAGACCAACUAGAAGAAUACUUUGUCACAGGGUGUCCAUGUGUGUCAACAAAACCACAGAAAAUUCGGUCAAAUGUGUCUUGGCCAUUGACCCAAAUGCAAUUGAAGAGGAAUCCCCAACAAAAAAAAUGACACCCCUCAAAAACGUGAAAGAAAGUCUUAACAUAAAAAAACAGAGCAGAACACCCAAUAAGAGUACAAGCAAAAUGAAAACACCAAAGGACGAAAAAGCUGCCAACCAACCAGUGAAGAGAAAUAUUUUGCAAGCUUGGCUUGAGACAGCAAAUGAUAAAAAAAAACCCAAGCUAGAACUUGAAGAAACUCCAAAAGCAAACGAAAUGAAAUGA